UGUCCUUUUUUUGCCGAGCUGAAAACCGAGCGACGCAAACUCGAAUUCCCGCAGUCAGUCUCCCAACGAGCCCAUUGUGGCACAGAACGCGCGCUCCUCGUCGAUAAGUUGGCCAAAACGCAAAAACGGCAGCACGUCGGGAGGCGGCUGGCGCAGGAGGCAGUGGGCGGGGCUGGCACGGUGCCACGCGCAAUUCACAAUCCUCACAAUUUUUGCAGCCAAUCGAAUAAUCAAAUCAAAACUCAUUACAAUAAAAGCAACAAGGCGGGCGCGAGAAAGAAAUUAGUGCAAUUCAAUUAAGGCAAUAAGGCCAAUUAAGUUAUUAAACGAAUUAACAAAAUCUACACGACAAAAACAAAAAGGCGAAAGAGUGCAAAAAUGUUCGGUUGCAUUUAUCAGCUGUGGGACUGGUUGGAGGCGCCGCCCCUCUUCACCGCCGGCACCAUGGACGCCAAGAAGCUGCAGCAGCUGCAGGAGGCAGCUAUCCUGGCGCAGCAGCAGAAGAAGCUGCCGCUGGCCUACCAGACGAAUCUCGUGGACUACCGAACGGCAGCCUACAGUCAGGCACUGUACCAGCAAUCGCCCACGGCCACCAGUUCCAGCGGCGGUGGACCACUGUCGCCUAUUGACAUGCAGCCGCAGUCCAAGCAUCACAAUCUAAUGAAGCACGGCGGCGGAACAUCGAGCAGUUCACACAGCUCCCCCUACCAUCAGUCGUACUCCAGCAGCGGAGGCACUGCGGCCGGGGAGCAGCUAUAUCAAUCGCCCACGGAGCGAACCUAUCUGGCGGCAGCUGGAAGAUUGCAUGCCAGCAAUGCCAUGGCCGGUCAUCAUCCCAUUUCGGCACUGCAGUCGCAGUAUCAGCAGCUGCAGGCGGCCAAGAUGCAGGCACAGAUGGCCACACAAAGCGAGGCCGCACAGCAGCAGCAGCGGACAUUUGCCUUGCGACAGGCCAUGAACCCGCCCACAAACCACUACCACAUGAGUCAGUCGUCCAGCAUGGUCUCCAACAUGACCGCUCUCAAUCAGCAGCAACAACAGCAGCAGCAGCAGCAACAGCAACAGCGGGCUCCACCCUCUUCGCUUAAUUUGCAAAAUCAAUAUCAACCUGCUCAGGGUCCUCUGAAGUUGCAACAGCAACAGCAGCAACAACAACAGCAGUCGCAGCAGCCUCCAAUGCCCAAACACUACCAGGAGCAAUUGUACGCCCAGCAGCAGCAGCUGCAACAGCAGUUGCAACAGCAACAGCAACAGCAAUUGCAGCAACAACAACAGCAGCAUCGAUACAAAAACGACCUGCAAACCCCGGGCAGUGAGCAUGGUACCGUUUAUAUCCAGCAAAAUCAUCCCAAUCAUGUGGUGAACCAAGCUUGCCAGACUCAAAUAUCAGCGGUCAAGCCCAAGGCAACGCCCAGUUCCGAGGAGUCAUCAUCGAACUCGACCAAAAGUCCCAGCCAUGCUCCGUUGGAUCGCAAGAAGAGUGCCGGUUCCAUACAGGCUCUAAAGUCGCCCAUUACCAAGAGGCCACCAUCGACACCGGUUACCCUAUCGGGUUGGCUGCACAAACAGGGCUCCGAUGGCCUGAAAGUGUGGCGUAAACGUUGGUUUGUCCUGGCCGAGUACUGCCUGUACUACUACAAGGGACCCGAGGAGGAGAAGCUAUUGGGAUCAGUGCUGCUGCCCUCAUAUCGCGUAUCCGCCUGUUUGCCCGAGGACAAGAUCUAUCGCAAGUUUGCCUUCAAGUGCGAGCAUCAGAAUAUGCGUACCUAUUGGCUGGCGGCCGAUAAUUCGGAAGCCAUGAUGCAGUGGGUGAGGGCACUGGCGGCGGCCAGCUUGAUGCAGGCACCCAGCAGCGGGGAGUCGGAGCCAAGUGUGAAUUCCUCGCUGAAUCACAGUGGCGAGAACUCCGAUUCCGGCAUUCACACAUUGCAAUCGCACCCUGGCAAGGGGCAGCCAACACCAUCGUCGGAAAAUACGGGCAGCAGUGGAGGAGGCAGUGGGAGUGGACAACCCCUCUAUGCAAAUGCACCACCCAAGCCGAGACGCAUUAACGAUGGGGGCUACUCAUCACCAUCACCCGAGCACAACGAACAGCAGCAGCAGCAGCAACAGCCUAGUCGCCGCCUCAUGUCACCCACGCAGCAAUUGUACCAGCAGCAGCAACACCAACGAUCUCAGCAGCAGCAACCGCAGCAACAUCACGCCAUUUAUGACACUCGAACUGGACAUGUGUCCACCGCCUUGCAGUUGCAACAGGCGCAGCAGCAGUACUCCCUGGACCAUCUGGAGGCGCAGUUCCAGCAGCAGCAACUGGACAUGGAGGAGCAGAUUGCGCGGUUGCAGCAACAACGCGCCGCCGAGGAGAUCUACGGCGAGCGGGAGAUGUACAUGGCCAAGCUGAUGCAGCAGCGACAGGGACCGAAUGGAUCAUAUCCCACCCAGCAGCAGUUGCUGCAGGCGGAGCGCAGGACACCCGAUGCCUAUGGGCGCUCGAAGCAGCAGCGGCUCUUUGCCGCCGCAGCAGCUGCAGCAGACUACGAGGACAUCUACAACAUGUCACAACUGGCAGGUGGCGGCGGAGUGCCCAUGUCCGCCCAGGAGGCACUUCUUCAGGAGGCGGCCAGCUACCGCAGACCGCUGAGUCCGCCCAGCUACGAUGGCAGCAAGCAUGUGCCCGCGAUGCCGCAGCGGUACACGCCCAAUCAUUUGGAGGCCAGUGCCGCCGAUCAACUAAUCAAUACCAUGGACUUGCGUGCCCGCACAGCGGCGGCCAUAGUGCGUCCCCAUUCGGCGGAUUUCUUGGAGUAUGAGGCUCGUGCCGAGGCAGCUGCAGCGGCUGCGGCCGCGGCGGUGGCCCAAAGUCAGCAGGAUAGCGGCAGGGCGCCGAGGCCCAAGUCCAGCCUGGACAUUAAUCGCACACCGGACAGCUUCUACUACUCGGAGGCCAGCUAUGCGGACAAGAUGCGGAAGAGCGCGUUGUAUCUGCAGAGCGGUGGAGCUGGAGCCGCUCAGCCGCAGCAGCCGGGCAGCUAUCGCACCACGGCGGCAGAUUUCAACUCCGGGGUAAACACCAUUGGAUAUGAGAAUCCCUACGAGCGGGCCUACAAGCGGCAGGAACUUCUGGCCGAGGCGCAGGGUGGCGGGGCCAGCAGCAUGCCGCGAAUGAGCCGAUCCGCCAGCCAGGGACGCUCGGUGGCCUCCCAGCUGCAGUCGCCGCAGCAAGAUGAUCUGCCGCCACUGAAUGUUCAUCCGGGCUCCAUUUUCCCGCCGUCGAUGUCCACCCAGGAGAUCAUCAGCAAGAACGAGCAAUUCCUGAGAUCCGCUAGCGCCCGUUUGCCCAAAAGAUCGGGCGGAAUGGACGAUGACUAUUCGGCUGGCAAUUCCACGACCACAUCGCCUACGGGUGGUGCAGGUGCCUCCAACUCGCCGCAGCAUUAUCUGGAUGGCGAACGGAAACGGGAGGAGUCCAUGAAGCGUCUGCUAGAGUGGAAGCAGCGCAUGCUGCAGUCGCCUUUGACACGCAAGGGCAUCCAACAGGGCGGCAGCAACAUGUCCGCCAUGUCCAAGUUGGGCAGCAAUCCAAACAUCUUGCUGGCAUCCACGGCGGUGGCCAGUGGAGCACGCUAUGCACCCCAGGCGGGUAAAACGGGAUUGGUGGGCAAUGGAAAUGGCACGGCCCAGGGAGCUGGAAAUCCACCAUCAGCAUCGGGCAUCCAGCGAUCACGAUCCGAGAGUCAGGCCAACGUGGGACCUGGGGGAGUGGUGUACAACAACUACUCCUCGGAUGAUGAGGCUGGGACUGUGGAUGAUGAUAACUUGUAUAGUGCGACGGCAGGAAGGUCAUCGUCAAAAACAACAACUAAAGCAACGACAUCACAGGCAAUAGUGGCAACAACAACAGCAGCGUUAGCAAUCACAAAUCUUGGUAGUAGCAAAAAUCUAGAGACUCCCAACCAAACAGAUACAGAGGCGACACCAUCGUCGUCAUCAACACCAUCAUCAACCAAAGCGAAAUUCCAACUAAAGCCCAUUUUGAAAGUGCACGAGGCCAGCAAAACCCGCAUUAUACAGGUGCAACCCAAACAUCUGGAAGAGCGGCCAAAGCUCAGAUUGCAAUUGCCCAAGGCGAUGGGAAAUGAGGAGGAGCAGAAGCAAGAGGAUGAGGAGCAGGAGAAUGUUGAGGCUGAGCCCGUACCCAUUCUGCCAAAGAAAACAGCACCCAAGUCGCCUCAGAAUGCCAAUUAUGUGCCUGUGUACAACAAUAAGCUGGUUAGCAACUACGAGAACAUGGAGUUUGGCAAGCCAAUCCCCGAAAGUAAAAUCCCUCACAGCAAUGCAGCCAUUACCGAUCCCGAGGAGACGCCCAUGCUAAUGCAACUGAAGCUGUUCAAGGAACAGCAGGACCAGCAGAAGCAACAACAGGAAAACGAAGAGGAGGACCUGACACCAACAGCGGAAAGUAAACCCAUUCCAGGCGAGGAGGAUAUGGAGGCUGCAAAGGAUAUAGAAGACCAGAAAUUAGAAUCAAACGAGGAGGAGCAGGAGGCGGAGGAAGAGGAGGAGGAUGAGGAUGACAGCACGGCUUGCGAGGAGUACACAGAUGAUGAUAUAGAUGAAGCUCUGGCUCAGGAUGAUGAGGAUGAAGCUGUCGUCAAGGCAGUAGAGUCCCAGGAACUGGCAGAGGAGCGGGAACUGCAGCAGAUAUAUGUUAACGAGCCCAUCACACCCACGGACCAGCAAUUCGACGAGAGUCACUAUCUGCCCAUGACGCCCAAGAAAGUGGAACUGGGUCAGCCGGGUGUCCUGACCUUAGUUUCCGCUACGUACGCCGAGGAGGAGGAGGAGAAUCACUAUGUAGAGAUGACAAAGGGCAUACAGGACGAGGAUUGCAGAAGCAACUACGAAAUAAUGUGUCUGGCCAGCACCAGUUCGAGUGCCUUCAAGGUGACCACCAAAACGGAGCCUGUCUACAUGGAACUGGCAGGGGUUAAGGCAUCAUCCGCAGGGCCAGCCACCGAGGAGGCUCACUGCUCUUCGGGCCGUUCCACUUUAAAGAAGGGCAAGAAAUCGGGCACUGAAACCCUGAAGAAGAAGACCAAGAAGCGACAGGGCAAGGACAUGCCCGAUAUCCUUAAGCCGACCAAGAGUGCCCUGGCCUUGGCCAGCGAUAGCUCGGAUGCGGAUGACGAGAGCAGCCGACAGCAGUUAGAGGCUAAGAAACUGCGCUCCAGGUCACGUUUCAGUUUAUCGGAUACAUUCAGGCCAGCUUCUUACUACUUGGGAGCCUCAACGCCCCUCAACAAUUAUGCGGAGAGUUCGGAUAGUGAGAUAUUACCACCACCACCCAUUCCCGCUUCACCACCGCCCAUGGAGGAGCUGAAAACGGAGGAGAUCUUCUCCUCCGAGCACUAUGAUACUGUGAAAAGAAAGGACAGCAAUGGCAAAGUGAAUCUAUCGUACGAACAAUUGCCCAAGAUGCAUGCCAGCAAUACGUCCCUGAAUCUGCCGAAAGCUGUGCCCAGUCCUACUCUGAAAAGUAGUCGUCUCUCCCUGCCUGACCAUUUCACCAAGGUGCGGAUGACACCGCAGAGAUUAUUGGUUCCAGCCACUCCACCGCAGCAACAUCACGCCAGGACAUUAUCCGACUCCAACUAUAGUUGCCAGCUGACCGAUACAAGUUCCCGCACAUCCUCGGAUUUGGAUCUAUAUCGCAGGAGAGGCCAACAGCAGAGGUGUACCAGCAAUAAUUCUCUGCCCUUAAGCAGUGAAAAUGAGUCCGUGGAAUUCCGCCAGAGAUCGGACUCCGAAUUGGAUCGCCAGCGUUCGAGGAGACCGCUUUCCCAAGAAUCUAUCAGUGAGAUUGAGUCGUUGAGCGAACAGUUUGAGGAAACCCUGAGUAGUCAUGAAUUGGACACCUACCUGAGCCAUUUGCACCUGUCCACCGGUCAGGCCACGCCCACCAGUCACCUGCUGAAUGAUGCCAAUGCGGCAGCCGGAGCCGACAUCCUGACCAAUCUCAUCAAGCCACCAAAAACAUUCCGGAAUGCCGAGGACGAGGAGCAGCAUUUCUAUGGUAACAUACAUUUUCUCUCCUCUACGGACUCAAUUCAGCAGUUGGGUGAAGCUGGAGCAACAGCUCUACGGAUUAUCCACAGUCGCAAUAACAGCAAUAUAUCCACCCAGUCGGCUCCUUAUUACUACUCCGAGCUGCCGGCACCGCCGCCCUUGAACAAUCAGCGGGAUAUCCAUGCUCAUGGGCUUAACAUAGCCCACAUACACAAUCCCAUCGAUCGGCAUCAGUUCAAUGUGGACGCACUGGUGGACAAGGAUCAGGCCAUCGAUAGCAAGAACAUCUAUAGUGGGCAGAAGGACAACAACGAGAAGCUGAGCAACAAGAAUCUCAAGCUGAACAAAUCCGUGGAUCUGCCGGCAGAGAUGGAGGGCAGUGGUAGCAGUGGUGGUGCACUAAACCCGGUGGUCCAUUCAUAUCUCACAACUACUAAAAACACAAAUCUCGCUCGUAAAACGAUUGGUGGUAGCAAUCCGUCGGAUGAUGGCAAUCCUAACGAAGAUGGUGCUGGUGAAAACACGGAGGAGGCUGGCAAGACCCCGUCGAAUAAUGUCCAUACCAACCUUUUAGUUUUAGGUGGCGAGCUGCUGUGGGAGGAGGAUGCUCUGUGGCGGGAGAGCUUGCGUCGGGUGUCGCAGCGGCAUGCCAGAUCCUUGGACGAUCUGGACAGGAUUACGGCUGCUCCGCCAAUUUCUAGUACGCCCAAGGCAAAACUGAGCCGCGAGGUGACCUAUGUGAAUGACAGCUUGAAGCCGCGCCAGCAUCCGCACGUAAGCAACGAGCAUGAUGUCUAUGUGCAACUGAUGGACACUACGUCCUCCUCCCACGACCAGGACCAAACGGAUUCCGAUGUCUACGAGGUCCUGCGGGAGGAGACCGCCUCGAAUUUGUCACACAAAUCAAACGAACUGGAUCGCGAGACCAUCCGUCAGUGGGAUGCCAUGUCCAGUGGCCUAAUGAAGAGCAACCACAGCGGAGUGGAGGCUACAGGAGCUAGCUCUGCCCACCUGCCCCUCACCAGCAGUGUGCGCUCCAUCGUCCAGCAGUUGAACAAUAGUUCCAUGGACGAUGCCAAUGGCAAUUCCAUGGCGACGGCCUCGAUUUCCGUGCGCAAUGUGAACAAUCUGCCGGUGGGAAAUCUGACGGUGAAGCCGGAUCCCUCGGAUGUCCAUCAGGAGUCCGCUUUUGCCCCCUACUAUGGCGGAGCGGCGGAGACUAAGUACGCCAAGAACACGGUGCUCACGGAUCGCGGUCUGUAUGCCGCCAACGGAUCUGGACUGGCCACAUCCACGCCCCAAAAUCAUCAGCAGUUCCGGAUGCGGCGCACCGGAAGUAGGGCGGAAAUCGAUAUGCUGGAACGCGAGACAAGCAGUCAGAUCAGGAAUCGCCUGCGAAGUGCCGAGGGUUUGACCAGAGCGGAGAGUAUCCAGCGUUUGGACUACUUGAAGCAGCACCUUUUAGACCUGGAGCGGCAUUACGAGAAGAGCAAGCCGCUGGUCAAUUUGGUGGACAACAUGGUCAAGUUGGGCUCGCUGUAUCGCAAUGAUGCAAACGGCAGGGUUCAACCAGCCACACUGGAUCGCCUCGAGUUCAAUCAGCGGAUGCAGGAGCAGCAAAUGCUGCAAGAGGAGCAGCAGCAGUGGGAACGCCUCAGUCCCAAUCAGGCAGAGUUGCAGGCCAAGGUGCGUGAGCUUUACCAACUGGAUCAGCUGCUGCAGGAGGAGUCGGGCACUUUGCAGAGCUUGCAGCGUGACAAGGAGGACCUCGAGCGAGCCUUGGGAGGAUUGAGGGCUCGCAUCCACGACAACAAUGCCACGCCCAUGGCCCUGGAGGCGGCCAAGAAGCAGCAGCACAUCCUGGAACGCGAGCUGUCGCGGGUUCAUCAGCUUCUGGCCGAGAACUCUAAGAAACUGGAGCAGACAGUGGCGGGAAAUGCUCGUCUGGAGCAGGAGUUACUCCUCCUCCGUCAAAAGGUACAAGCCGUUCGAGGAUCCACCAAUGGAAUAAACGGUGAUGGCUCUCACAUCAAUGGUGAUCAAACUGCCGCCGUUUUGGCUUCGGAAUUGGAACGUGUGCAGUCCCUGGUGGGCGAUAUGCAAAGACAACGACACGAACUCAGCUCCGCAGUUCGCCAGCUGACGGAGAACUCGACCAGGUUGUACCAGGAGAUUGGCAACAAGGAGAUGAACGGCGGUGGAUCCACCAAUGGCAGUCUGAAGAAGCGAAGCAACUCCACAAGUUGGACCGAAACCGAUUUGGAUGCUAAUAUGCUGCGAUGCGGAUCCCGCCAGCAGUUGAAUGAUUCCACAUUGAACCUAUCAACUCCUCUCUAUGUGGACACAAAUAGUUCGACCAAACUGAGUGACUACAAUCGAUACAAUGGCAGUAGCGAUGCCAUCGAGAUGAGUGGAGUGGACAGUGAUGGUUUCCUGGACAGCAAUCCAUUCGCCCUGGGCUUGGAGAAGCAGGAGAUUAAGACGGUGAGGAUUGUGAAGCGGGAGUCUGAACGUCGGAAUCGCGAUCGCAGUGAAAGGGGUCUAAGCAACUCCAUUCAGAAUCUGGAUCAGGUCCUGGAGGAGGAGCAAUAUGCCCAACAGCAGAGGGAACAGCAGCUGUACGCUCAAAACUUGAAAGAACAGAUGACCAACGGGCACCACAGUCGAUCCAAGUCAUUGCCCCGAAACUACAGUGAGCCGCCGAAACAACGACACAGUCGUCAUCUGAACGGUGGCAAGCAGACUGGUCACCACUAUAAUGGUGGCUACGAUUACGAUCGGAACAGCAACUACGAGCAUCAGCCGCCGCCACCACCGGCACCACAGAGCAAUGGACACCACCACAAUCAUCAGCAAAGGGAGCAGCGCGAGCACCUUAACCCACUGGCCAAUGCCUAUUUCGCGAAGCAGCUCCAGCAGCAGGCGAAUCCCUCGAGGGACAGUGCCCGUGUGGCCUUGCGGACCAAGACCGAUUCCCUACAGAGCCUCAACAAGAGCCUUACGGACAUCAGUCCGGAGCCAGUGUUCCAGAGCGUGGCUGCCCGGCAGAUCAUCAACGAAAUGUCCGCCGGUUCGGCAUCGGAGGACACCGAGAAGGUGGUGGAGAAGGUGCCGCCGCACCACAAGCAUCGCAGAGCGGUUCCAAGGGAGAAGAGGCGACACUACACUGCGCCAAACAAUGUCAAUCAGAAAGCCAUGGAAAAGGUGCAGGCCGAAAACGAUAUGAAUCGAAAUAACACCAACUGGCGAGCUCGCGAUGAUUUGGACAUGGAGGUGGCCCUGCGACCACGAAUGAAUGCUCCUGAUGUCGUUCGUUCUGCUUUGGGACAGGGAGAAAAGAUAUCCGAGAACACCAUAGAUAACUUGCUGCUGGCACCGAACAAAAUAGUCAUACCCGAGCGUUACAUACCGGAAACAACGCCCGAACUGUCGCCGGAGGAAAAGAAGCGUCGUCAGGAGAAGGUCGAGUCCAUCAAGAAAAUGCUGGCUGAGGCGCCCAUUAGCAGCAAUGAAAACGAGAGCCUGCCCCCGAGCAAAAUCAACGCCGAGAAGAAGCAGCGCGAGCACCUGCUGCAACUCAACCAAAUCCUGGCCCAACAAGUGAUGCAAGUCAGCAAGAUCGUGGCCGGAAAUCCCACUAGUCACAACUAAUUUGCAAGUAGCCUGUCGAGUUGUUUCUGUUCACCUUUUGUGUUUUACAUACCUAUGCAUUGCAUUUAACUUUUGUUCACGUUGUGUUUUUUUGCCAAUCUGAGAGGGUUUGCAUAACGAUACGCGGUAAAUGAGUUUGUUGUUCGAAACAUACCAAACAUAUAUAUGCAUACCUAGUACGAUACACCUAACUACUAUACAGUAACUACAGCAAACAAGAACACACGCGAAGUUGAGAUUUACAGCAUGCUAAACUCACAUAAAAAACUCACCCAAAUCAAACGCAACAAUUCACAACAAGAAUACUAAAAAAUACAGAAAAAAUAGAGAAAAAACGACAACAAGAAUAAACUGCAACGCAAUAGCAACAAGAACAAGUACAACAACAACAAGCACAAGAACAACAAGAACAACAACAGAUAUACGAUUACGUAAGUCCAGAGAAAGCCAUGUCAAAGGCGGCCGAAAGAUCGAACCAAGAGGACGAAAACGGUUCGGAGUCACCAAGUGAACCACUGCCGAUAUUCC